UUCUUUCUUUUCGUUUCGCAUCAGCCAUCAGCUGCGACGAAGUUACUCCCUUUUCUAAUAAUUAGUCUACAUUAAAAUGGCUGAUAAUAAAUUGUAUGAAAUAUUAGGUGUUUCGAGAACUGCAAGCGAAUCUGAAAUAAAACGAAACUAUCACAAACUUGCGAAAGAGUAUCAUCCUGAUAAAAAUCCGGCAGCUGGUGAUAGAUUUAAAGAAAUAAGCUAUGCCUAUGAAGUUUUAUCUGAUCCGAAAAAAAGACAAACCUAUGAUAAAUUCGGGUUAAAAGGAUUACAGGAGGGUGGCCAAGGUGGAGGCUUCCCGCCUGAAGAUUUCUUGGGUCACUUUUUUAGUGACAUAUUUGGUAUGGGGGGUGGCGGCAGGGGGAGAGGUCGGGCUCGUGGGGAAGAUACUAUACAUCCAUUGAAAGUCUCUUUGGAAGAUAUGUAUGUUGGUAAAACGGCAAAGUUACAAUUAAGUAAAAAUGUUAUCUGUGGCCCAUGCAAAGGAGUGGGUGGUAAGCCAGGAUCAGUAGUAUGCUGUCGCGAUUGUCAUGGUCAAGGUAUCAAAGUUUCUUACCAGCAGAUAGGACCUAAUAUGACUCGCCAAUUUCAAACCCGUUGUCCUACUUGCCAAGGGCAAGGUGAAACAAUAAAUGAAAAAGAUAAGUGCUCCAAAUGUAAAGGGAAAAAAGUGCUAAAUGAGAUCAAAAUACUAGAAGUGCAUGUUGAGAAAGGAAUGAAGGAAAAUCAAAAGAUAUUCUUUAGAGGCGAGGGAGAUCAACAACCUGACACUCAACCUGGCGAUGUUAUCAUAGUAUUGCAGCAAAAAUCCCAUGAUGUGUUCAAAAGAACUGGUGAUGAUUUAUUAAUGGAACGUGAAAUUAGCCUGACUGAAGCAUUGUGUGGCUUUGAAUUUGUUGUGAAACAUUUAGAUGGACGAGACCUUCUUGUGAGACAUUUGCCAGGAGAAGUAAUUAAGCCAGGUGAUUUGAAAGGAAUACAGGGUGAGGGUAUGCCUCAAUACAAAAACCCAUUUGAAAAGGGAAACCUGUACAUUAAGUUUGAUGUUACUUUUCCUGAAAAUAACUUUGCUUCUGAAGAACAACUCAAAAAAAUUGAGAGUAUAUUGCCUCCUAGACCAGCUUUUGUUAUGCCAACAGGUGAAGAUGUUGAGGAGGUGAAUAUGAUGGAGUACACAGCCAGUGAGAGAAGUCGUGGCCGUGAAGAAGCAUAUGCUAGUGAUGAUGAUGAAAAUAUGCAUGCAGGGCCUGGAGUACAGUGUGCUCACCAGUAGCUUAAUAAAUAAAUCCAAUGUUAUGGAUUUGUACUCAGACCUCACAUUAUGUAAUUUGAUUAAAACCUUUAGGUAGUUAAUAUUUACAAAAACAUGUGACAUUAAAAUUUACAGAAUGCUAGACAAUUAUUUGAUUAUAUUUUUUAACUUACAAGCUCUUAUAAAUCCAAAAUAUAAAUUUCUUUUAGAUUUUCAUGUCAUUGCAAUAAACCGCCUUAUUUAUGUAUUAUAAAAAUACUUUUUUUAAUAUUAUUUUUACAUUAAUGUUGAGGAUAUGGUAAAAUUAUUAGUAAUGUUUUCAUUCAAUGUGAUUCAUUCCAUACCACAGGUGCAUGUAUCUGGAUUGGUUAAUAUUAUCAUUUUAAAAAUAAAUUGUUUUAUUUGCUAAAGAAAUUUUAUUGUAUUUAAGAAGGCACAUGUAGUUUUAAGUACUAGACUUCAUAACCAAUAAACGAAAUAAUAUUCCUUGGAAUGCUAACAGUGUAAUUGGGACAUAGUUAAUAAAAUAUGAUAUAAUUAUAACCAAUAUUGUCAACUUUAGAAACUGGAUCUAUUAAAAUGUGUUUCAACACAAAAUUUAUAAUCUGUUCGCAAGGAAAUUUUAGCUGAUCAUAAAUGCUAACAUAUUUUGUAGUAUGCACUUAGACAAGUAAUAAUUAAAUAUUAAAAGAGAGAAUCUUAGAAUUAAAAAGGUCUCUGAAAUUCGA